AGCGGGAGAAGUUUCUGGAAGGACUUGCUUUUUUUGACCCGUCGUCCUUCCUGCUUCGAAGCGGUUCCCCCGCGUCCCGCCCAUCGCUUUCGCUUCUCCAGAAACUACACCAGAGAAACAAUCUCUCUCGCUCGCCUGCUCUCGAUUCAUCCAUCCGUUCAUCCGUUCGUGAUUUUUCUCUCCAGAAUCUCGAUUUAGAAGCAGCGAAGUUAAAAAAUCUCGGGUUUUUGAGCUUGGAGAUAUGGAAAAUGGAGUUGCAGAGGGGUGCAAGCAGUCCUCUUCCUAUAGAUAUUGGGUUCGCGAAUCCACCGACUCGGCGGCACCGCUACCUGUUCCUCGCAAGCUCUCUGCCGAGGACCUGUCGAAGCAGGAGCCGCGGGCGAAGCUCGGUUCCGCCUGGAAUCAUGCAGGAACUUGGGAAGAGAAAAAUCUCAACACAUGGGCAACUGGCAGGAUAAAGGAAUUGCUUAAUUCGUUGGACUCUUUAGAGUUUUCAGGAGGCAAAGCAAGCAUUUCAGAAGUGUCAAAAUGCACUGGAGAUGCUUUUUUGGUGACUGUUAGAAAUAAAAAGCGUGUUGGAUAUACUUACGAGAUUACAUUAGAUUUUAAAGGGGAAUGGUUGAUUAAAGAAGGAAAGAAAACUAUCAAGGGCUCCAUAGAUAUCCACGAGUUCUCCUUUGGUGAACUUGAUGACUUACAGAUGGAAGUUACGCUAAAGGAGGAUAAGGGUCUUAGUGAAGAAGGAAGACAGAAAAUUGUCAAGGAUGUCAGGUUGUUCUUGCCGCUUAUCCGCAAUAAUCUAUCAAAAUUUGAGGAGGAGCUGAAGGACAGAUGAGAAGGCAUGAUUUGGUCUCUCUCGAGGCAAGGUUGUCAUUCUCUCCUGCAGCAUUUGUAUUGUUGUCUGUCAUCCCACUGAUUUAGAUGAUUACUUAUACGCCAGUGCCAUUGAAAAGCCAAAGGCAUUGGGCAAAUCUUGUGUUCUCUGCUACAAUAGUGAAUCCACCCAAAUUAAUUGACUUCCGGAUCAUAUGCUGCAAUAUGUGUUCAAAGCAACACAUUGUAUGUGAACCUGGUAGUAAAUUAUGCUGUAAUCUAGUUAGUGAACAAGUGUUUACUUUCAAGUUA